AAAUGUGAAAGAGGCGGGACACGAGGGAUGCGAGGCAGGAAAAAGAGCACGCAGCAACUUUGAGAAUUUGUAGCGUGUUGGUUUUGACUGGCUGACUGACGAGAGGGACAGCAACAUCCUUCGUUAGCCACAGGGGCCUGCAGACGCGGUGACGCAAUUCGUUUGCUGACCUUACAGACUUGUCAGGUAGACGAAGCAGAACAAACGCCGCUCAUCAUCAUGGCACUGGACGGAUGUGGCCUCUGCUGCAAAUACCUCCUUAUCGCCUUCAACAUUGUCUUUGCGUUGUUGGGGUUUGUCUUCCUGGGCGUCGGAUUGUGGCUGAGGUUCAGCCCUAACACAAGAGGCAUCUUCCAAAUAGAGGAACUCAAUUCAAGUGCAUUUGUCAUGGCUGUGACUGUGCUGAUCGCCCUCGGGGCAGUGAUGCUGAUUGUGGUGUCCUUUGGAGACUACGGCACCUGCAAUCAGAAAAUAUGCGCUCUGCAAGUGUUCUCCGUCCUGCUGUCCAUCCUGGCUUUAGCUGAAGUUGUCCUCGGAGUGCUCGCUUAUGCCAACAGGGAUCAGGUUGGGUAUAGCAUUGCGGAGUUCUACAGUAGCAUGUAUGCUCUGUAUUUAACAAAUGGAGACCCAGUCAUCGGUGUCACUCUCACAUUCAUCCACAACACGCUGCACUGCUGUGGAGUGACAGGUAUCCCAGUGAUUGAGAUGGCUGUAAAGACCUGUCCCAAACCCGAUGGCUUCUUUGAGAAGAUUGUCAUGCCGAACUGUCCAGCAAUCAUCGCAAGUGUCUUUGACUCUAAAGCGGCACUGGUGAUGGGCCUCUUUGUGGGAACUGGAGCUCUUUUGAUCAUGGCUGUGAUUUGCAGCUCAAUCCUCAGUAACAAAUUGCGUCAGUCCUCCUCAUCUCCUCAGUACAUCAUCCUGACUCACUCCACUUCUGUCCUGGCUAACCCUCAACCACCCCAGCAUGAGCUCGUCUCCAGCUCAAACCCCCACCCUGACCAGGACCCGGUCAUUUUCACUCCUCUCACUGUGGCUAACAUCCCUGUGGCUCAGUCUUAGAGCACUAAUGACCGUCUUCACUCUCAUCGUCCUGCUGUUUUCAUUUUAUUCUAUUCUCUUCUCUGCAUGGUGUCUUCACCUACCUUUAUGAUGGAAAAAUCCAGCCUAAAAAAAAGCACAAUUUUAACAUGUCUCCAUCUGUUGGAACUGUAGCGUUUGUAUUUUAUUUUUAAUCCUGCAGGUUAUUAGCCAAAUGCUGAUAUGUCAAGAUUUUCCACACACAGCUACAGCACAGGGAUUUGACAGUAGCCACAUUUAAAUUAAAAAACAAUGGCUGUUAGCUUAUUGAGCUGAUCAUUUAGAAAUUGUUCACAUUAAAAAAAGUCAACAGUCGCCUCACAUUCACUUCCAUUCAGAGUUCAACUUUAAAAUUUGACCAGCAAAGCUGCAGUCGCAACAGGUCAGUCACGUGUGCCUCACAUCCUGCACUGCCCAUAUUCAGCAGGAUUUGUGUAUGUGUGACAGCAACCUCAAGCAACAUAAACUAAACUACCAUUGGCUUUAAAUUGUCCUUUAACUGUCCGACCAGUGAGGAAAGUGGCAUAUAUCAUGUAUAUACAUACAUGUUCAUCUGUGUGUGUUGGGGUGUUUUGCAUUUAAAAAAAAUUAAAAAAUGCACUUGAGUGUACAAAUGCAUGCAGGAUUGGAUUUUUCCUUCAAAUGUACUUGAACAUUGACAUUUUUACCUUUUUUUUAAUUUCCAACAAGCUUCUCUUUUUGUGGCUGUGCAGAUUGGUAGCAUGGGCUUGUAAGUGCACCCUCGCUCUAUCACCCUAACUCAUUCUAAGGAGGUGAUGGGGAGGAAGCAGGCCGUUCCCCACACAGCUCUUUGUCCCAUCCUUUCUCUUUACCCCCUACUUUUCCUUUUGUGUCUGCAUGACAGAUUACUGCCCUGAUCUGCACCAUUAUCCUCAUAACACAACUCAAGAAAGUCCAUCAGGAGUACACUGCGUACUACACAAAUGUGUACUAAGAAGAUGAUGCAGUUUCCAACCCUUACCCUCCUCUGCCUCAUCCACAAAGACCAUCGCUGGACUUCAGGCUCAACCAGCAGAAAAUGUGAACAGAUUCUCUGCAUGUGAACUACUGAUCACAUUAGAUCUGAUCUAGUGUUAAAAUUGCAUUUCUUUUAUCCCAAUGUUACAUUGUGCUAUUUUUUUUUACCUGUUUGAGGGAACAAAAUACCUGCUUGUUCAAUGCUGUUGACAACCAUCAGUAUCUUAUUGUGCCUUUUUUAAUUAUUUUAUAUAUCUCAUGCAGCAACUCCUGGUGGAAUGGGUGUUUCUUAUAAUUAGCCAUUAUUCAUCCAACUAGAAACUGUCACAGCUUGACAGCAUGUGCUUUCUCGCCUGACAGGCCUCUAAAUCAUCAUGGGCAUACGAUAAGUAAUCUGAGGCUGAGAACACAUCCGUCUAAUAAAUGCGCAGAGAAUGGAAGACUUUAAAUCCAACUCCCACAUGUCUGUUACACUUUUGAGUAGUUGGGUUGCACAAUUAUGACAGCAGUUCUUUAACACUGCUGCUGAUUUGUUGUGCUCGUCUGUUGCUGCAUGUGGAAGAGUUAAAAAUUAGCGUUUGUGUUUAAAGAUUUGGCUCUAAAUGCAGAGGGGCCAUUUUUCUUUCAAAUCCACUGAAAUCGUUUCAUAAGCUUCACUAAAAAGAUAGCGUCACUUAAGUUUUUACUAUCAAUUUCUAACUAGUGCAUCUCUAGACUAUUGCAGAAAUUCCAUUUCAUUUAUUUUGUAGACAGUGUGGUCUACAAAAUAAAUGUGUGUGACAAACAUUUUGUGUGUGACAAACAUUUUGCAGACUUUUCUCCAUCUUUAGAAUCUGUUUAACCACAUGUCAAAUUAUUUCAAGCUGUAAAGGGCAACUAUCCUGUGAACACUGGUUGGAAUCAAAGAAAAAACAUUUUCAUUUCUUCAUGUAGCAGUUCCUGCCAAAAGCUCCUGUGACCAAAUAGAAGUAAACUAAGUGUCCUCUUUAGAAAAACACUUCAAUGUCUAGAAAUGCUUGUUUUCUUUUUGUACUUCUAUUGCAUUGCACUAUAUUGUUUUAAAGUUCACAUUUUUUAAAUAAAUAUUCCAGAGGGAUUUUCCCCUCUUCAA